GCACAUUUGAUGGUCGAGGUUGGACGCGAGAAUCUCUAGGCUCUAGAGAUGAUAAGGGCGAGCUAUUCUUGGGGAAGAGACGAAAAGAACUCAUAAAUUCCCACUUUUGAAUAAAUCUUGGCUAUCGUCGGAAAUUUGACAUGGCUGAAACAACUAGUAUAUUCGACUCGGUUCCAUCAAACUUGCCAAAGUUUGUACGACCAUCGAGUCCCCCAAAGUACUUUGGAAUCGACUUUGACGAGACCUUUCACGCCCUCAAAGAAGAUGGGCUGGAAAGGAAUGUAAAGGCCUUUGCACAAGUUAAAAAGGGAGGCUACACACCGUUUUUCUGCACAGGGAGAUCGGUUGAUCAUGCCAUGGGUUUGGUUGGUAAUCGCUUUGUCGAAAAGACAAACUACAGAGGUUACCCUGGUGUUUAUAACACUGGUGCAGUUGUAUAUGAUGAAAAUGGUAAUGUAAUAUAUUCACGAUCAUUUUCCAAGGAGUUUAUUAAAGCAGUUUGCGAAUCUGUGACUAGACGCAAUUCUCCAAAUAACCUGGUUUUAUUCACCAAGGACAGUCACUACUCGCCUAUCGGAGUUGACGAAAACUUUUCCAGGGUUCUUAGGAGCAGAGAUAUCCCAACGCCGGAAGUCAAGACACUAGAGGAACUUUUAAACACUGAUAUUGUGAUGAUGACAAUAAUUUGCGACAAGGUAGAAUUUCCAGGCUUCCACGAGGGUGUAGAUUACAUCAAGAAGCUGGACCUUCCGGGUUACUAUGAUCUUAAUCCGGCUGGUGUGACAAAGGCCAUUGGUGUCAAGAAACUUAUGGAACACUAUGGCGUUCCUCCACAUGACUGCGGAUUCAUUGGAGAUGGUGAUAAUGAUACGGAGAUUAUGGAUCUCUCGGGUUUAUCAUUUGCGGUUGCCAACGCACCAGACUUUGUCAAGAAACAUGCCAAAUGGGUUAUGGAUAAAUCAUACAACGAGGGGGCAGUAGCUCAAGCACUGGAGCUUGUCUACGGACCAUUUUAA